UCAUCAGUCUGUUGAUCUCAAACCAAUUUAACUUGAUUGUGAUAAGAUUAUUAAUAUUUAUUGUAACCAAAAAGACAAUUGCGGAUAAAUUUUACAAUAAUUGCAACAAUCAACCCAAAAGUGUUUUGUAUAUCAAAAAGAACGACCAUCAACAAGAUCAACAACAAAAGCAACAACAUAAAAUUGUAUGGCCUGAGCUGUUCCCUCAAUUAUUCUGGUUAACUCUAUUUUCAAAUUUAUCCCUAAUUUGACAUAUUGUGGCCCAAAAAAUUGAUAUUAUGUUAACCUUUAAAAUCAACCGAUCAAUUGACAACGGCCGUUAAAAUCGAGACAACAAUUAAUUGGGAAGUCAGUGGAGCCAUUAAAUCAAUUUUCAUCAUUAAAAGUGUCAAAGCAACAAUCGAAACAUUGUUUCCAAUGGAAAACUGAUUGACCGCAAAUCACCUUUUUCAAUUUACCUUCAACACUUUUCACUUUUGUCCAUCUCUGCCAUCAUCUAUUAACCAAACACACAAAUAAUAUCCAUAAAAUAUCACAUCAGAUAAUCAUUAGAUUGUCAUAUCAUCAUUAAUUAUGAUGAACCCAGUAAUUUGUGUUCAUUCAAUUAAUUACUAAUUUGGAUUUAUCCUCAUUUGAUCACAAUUGUUUCAUCUUUUACUUUUCUUUGACUUUUUUUCAAAUUCAAAAAUUCAUAUUUGUAUAACUGAUUCAACUUCACCGACUAUUAACAAUACAACAAUUAUUGUUAAUUUUAUAUCAUAAUAUCACAACAUGUGUGACCUUAUAUCUUACCAUAUACCUGAAGCUGUAAGAAUUGAAGUGAUUGAGGUUUCAAAUGAUGAUGAAUCGGAUUUACAUGGUGAUGAAAAUACUCGCCGAUUCAGUAUUGAUCCACAAAUAACUGACCUUUCAGUUCUUCAUUCCAUCAUUGUUAGAGCUUUUAGUAUUAAAAGUGAUUUCACUUUAAAUUACCUUCGACGAGAUUUGAAUAUAUUUGUGCCACUCAAAAGUGACUGGGAUCUGGAUUCAGCUUACAUCAACUCAUCAAAACCUUUCCUAUUUGUUAGGAUGACCACUGAAAAGUACAAUUCAUUAACCGAUUGGGAUAUAAUUACAGUUGCUGAUAUCACUCGAGCUGCUCAAAUAGCUGCAAAUCAAACAACUUCAGUUGCAAAUACAUUACUUCACAAAGUGGAAAAAAUUGUGAGCAAAGCUUUCAGCAGAUCUUCAUCAGCUAGUCCAAUCGAGUCCAACCCAAGUCCAUUAAAUGAAAAACAAUAUUAUUCCUAUUUGGAUUCAGAAGGUCGAAUCCGGUCAACUCGAGAAUUGCGUAUUUCAAUCUUUCGCCGUGGUGUUGACCCAAUCCUUCGUCGUGCUGUUUGGAAGCACCUGUUAAAUGUUUAUCCACCCGGUUUAACGGGAAACCAAAGAUAUGAGUAUAUUAAGGAAAAGGCUGACGAAUACCAUCGAAUGAAAAAUUUGUGGAGUUCAAUGGUUGGCUCUGAUGAGGUGGUUGAUUACACCAUUAACAUGGUUCGCAAGGAUGUCCUUCGGACCGAUCGAAUGCAUCCCUUUUAUUUGGGUUCAGGAGAUGAUAAUCCCAAUGUUGUUAGCUUGUUGAACAUUUUAACUACGUUUGCCUUAAACCAUGGAGUUAAAUAUUGCCAAGGAAUGUCCGAUCUAGUUUCACCUUUACUUUAUGCAAUGAAGGAUGAGGCUCAAGCUUACAUUUGUUUUUGUGCUUUGAUGCGUCGAUUACGGGAAAAUUUCACUCUUGAUGGUCAAGCCAUUAGCUGUAAAUUUGAAAAUCUUUCACGUUUACUUCAAUAUUAUGAUCCAGAUUUUUAUUUAUAUCUUAAACAAGUCGGUGCUCAGGACCUAUUGUUCUGUUAUCGAUGGAUUCUUUUGGAAUUGAAACGUGAAUUUCCCUUUGACUGUGCUCUUACCAUGUUGGAAGUCCUCUGGUCUUCAAUUCCUCCGCUUAUCAUUGAUGAUCUACCUUUAUUUGAAGAUAAUUUCCGCUUUCAAAUUGGUGGUACUGCAGAUGCGUUAACACUUGAAGCUGAACUUGCCAAUGGAUAUCAUCAGCAUCAUCAUUCAGAUGGAGAGGGAAAUGAAGGAGAUGUUGAUGAGGAUGUUGAUGGUGAUUUGAUUCAUGAUGAGAUUGAUGAAGAUGAAGAUAACUAUCAAAAGACAAACCUGAAUAAUAGAUGUGAACAAAAUGUUAAUAAGCUUUGUAAUCACAACAAUGCCGAGUGUCAGAUUGUAAAUAAUUCAACUAAUUCACAGGCACGGAAACAAUCUAAUUCAAGUCGAAAUGUAAAAAUACCAAUUAGCAAUCGUCGUCAUGGAUAUCGCUAUGGAGAUCGUUUUUGUUUAAUGAAUCACAGUUUACCUGAAUAUGGAGCUCGAUUUGAAUGUGCAGAUCUUGAAAAUUCGGGUUCAAUUAGAAUAAAGGGAUUCUUUUUAAAUCAUAACGAAGAAUCAAAUUUACCAGUUCUAAAUCGAUCUGCAAUUGAUAGUCAUCAAUUACUUUCAUCAUCAACAGUAAUUCCUGGCAAAUCAGUCGGAAGAGUUGCUGGUUUGAUUAACCAUUCAAUAGGAGUCAAUGGAUUCUCAGCUCCAGCUCGAAACUCUUUACCACACAUUAUGAAAUCAAGUCGACCAUUGCGAACCAUUCGAUUUUUACCUAAAAUACUGAGCAAUGAUUCAAGGGAAAUUGAUUCACCCGAUGCAGAAGAAUCGUCAACAAAGCAAUACAGUUUCCCACCCAAAUUUGACAAAGGGUUUAGUAUUGAUAGUGAUGGAGACUGUCGUCGGUUGAAUAGCUUUGAGUCAAUUGGAUCUUCAAAAAAUUCAUCUGUAGAUAUGGAUGAAGAUGUUGAAUCUACUGUUCGUCAUGAAGCAAGGACCACUGGGGCUGGCUUGAGUGGACUUAAAGGGAGCAAUGACAGUGGCUCAUCUUCGUCGUCAUCUUCAUCUUCAUCAGCUGCAGUUAGGUUACGCUGUCAACAAAGACGUCGUCUCUUCUGUCGAUUAGGUUCAAGUGGAGGUCGUGACAAUAGUGAACCAGGUUCACCUUUGUCUCCAUACUCAGGAUCCUUUGGGAAUGGCCAUGAAGUUGAAACUGAAUAUGAACAAGAUCUGAUUGUCCAUUGUAACGGAGAGUAUACAGAUUCACGGGUUAACCAACAAGAUUGGAUAAUUCCUCGGGGAUUGGCUAGAAGUGUCAGCUAUGAAUGUCUCAAGAAUCUCACGGUGACAUCAGGUUCACCAACCCAUGAAAACACUUGCAAUGGUCCAACUGGUGCUUUAUCGGUAAAUGGAUUGAGAGGAAGUGCUAGUAAUGGAUCACACCUCAAUGGAACCGGAUUAACAACUGAUCCUGAUGCACCUUUAGGUUCACGAAAUAGCAGUUCUCAAGGGUUGGAAAAGGAACGAUCCGAAGGUUAUGGCUCAGGAUCAGAUCCUUCUGAUCUUAUGUCUGAAGUACAUUCCGCUUUUGGUGGAACCCUGGAUGGAAAUAAAUCUGAUUCAUCUUCAUGUUCAUCUCUUGUAAUCCUCAACUCAAAUGGAUCAACAACCACCGAAUCAACUGGCUCACCAUCGUCAUCAUCUCAACCUUUAUCCACAAAACCAAUGCUCCCUUCACCCUCUCAAUUAGGAUCAUCAAAUGCAUUUAUGUUGUUCCUUUGUCUUUCCAUUUUACUUCAACAUCGGGAUAAAAUAAUGUCUUCAGGAUUGGAUUGCAAUGAGAUUGCAGUUUACUUUGAUUCAUACAUUCGACGGCAUAAUGUUCAUUCGGUUUUGGAUUCUGGAAGGGUACUGUUUCAUUCUUAUCUAUCUCAAUGGCGUGAAUCGGGAGAAAAUGAACCUGAUUUAUCACAAGAUUUCCCACCAACCGCUUAAACAGUCAACUUGCCAUCAUCAAGCCAAGUUUUUAAUUACAUUAAACAAUCUCAAAAAACAAAAGACGGAACUUCAUCACAUUUAUCGUUUUAAAUAUGAAAUAGAAACCUGAUUCAGGUUCCAACUCAAGUCAUGCUUGUUAUCAGCUUAACCAGUUGAUUGCUAUGUUAAUAAUCAUGCUAGGACUAAACAGUUUUUGAUAUUUACCAAUUUGAUAUCCUCAAGGAUUUCUUUAUCCUUUAUUUCAUCUUCAUAUUGAACACCUUUUUUAUUUUGUUUCAUUUUUAUCAAAUUUUGUGUCUUUCUUUACUUUCAUCACUCAAAUUAUCAUUCCAGUUUCAAUCAAAUAUUCACUCACCUUUUAUAAUCUCUCGUUGAAAAUCAUUUUCCUAAACAACAACUCUCAUUGAUAUACUUGAUUAUAACUAUUAUUAUUAUUAUUAUUAUCACCAUUAUUACUAUUGCUGCUAUUAUUAAGAAAAGUUGACAAGAAAAUGUUACAAUUUUAUAUAUGGAACUGAAAAAAAACAAACCAAAAUUUGCAAGAAAAACUGGUUUUCUGAUACAAAAAUUACCUCAACUGUGAUCGUGUUUAACUAAUACAA